AUGUAUGUCAAGGACGUUUCAUCUCUUCUAGUACUGGCUGCUGGUUUCUCCAGUAUUGCUCAGGCUAGCAUAAUACCUUCGGGCAUCCACAAUUAUCUAGAGGCUCGCCAUAUUAUCGAAGCUCGUCAAAACAACGGCAAUAGGUUCGGUGGUGGAAACAACGGUGGCAACAAUGGUGGUAACAACGGCGGGAACAACGGUGGAAACAAUGGCGGCAAUAACGGAGGCAAUAAUGGAGGCAAUAACGGAGGCAACAAUGGUGGGAACAACGGUGGGAACAACGGAGGCAAUGCUGUGGCAUUGCAACCCCAGCUUAUCCAGACCGCUUCUCAAUCUACUGGACAGCAGGGUGAAAUCACAGCAGGCCAAGUCGAAUCCGCUACUGACCCAGCCAACUUCAUCAACUUCUGUGCAGGCAAAGCAUUAACAAAUGGUCAGCAAAACCGAGGCGGUAGCUGUAACGGCAUUGUUAUGGGUGAUAUCCCCAGUGCAAAUAAUAUGAUUUCAUCUAUCUUCAUCUUCCCAAAGCACAAUGACAACGUUGCUCCAAACACAGACUUUGAAGUCGAAGUUCAGGUCAACAACCUCCAGGCUGGUGCCUUCACUAAUGCCCAAGCAACAUACUACUCCGCUCCACAGACACUCAACGGAGCCGGUAACAUUAUCGGCCAUUGUCACAUCACAUGCCAGGACUUGGGUGGCGAUUUGAACCCAAACCAACCACCAAACCCGGGUACCUUUGCCUUCUUCAAGGGUAUCAAUGAUGCCGGUAACGGCCAGGGCCGCCUGAAGGCUACUGUUACUGGUGGUCUUCCAGCUGGUAACUACCGAUGUUGCACAAUGAACUCCGCUUCCAACCAUCAGCCAGUGCUCAUGCCUGUCGCACAGAGAGGUGCUCAGGACGACUGUGUAAAAUUCACCGUCGGUGGCGCUGGUGGAAACAAUGGUGGAAACAACGGAGGUAACAACGGUCAGAACGGUGGCAACAAUGGACAGAACGGCGGUAACAACGGCCAGAACGGUGGUAACAAUGGCCAGAACGGUGGUAACAACGGCCAGAACGGUGGUAACAACGGCCAGAAUGGAGGCAACAAUGGUCAAAACGGAGGCAACAAUGGUCAAAACGGAGGCAACAACGGUCAAAACGGAGGCAACAACGGUCAAAAUGGAGGCAACAACGGUCAGAACGGUGGAAACAAUGGUAAUCCUCAACCUCAAUCCAACCCUACACCCACAAAUCAAAGCACCCCUUCGCAAACAGUCGCCCCAGUUGCACAAUCAUCCAAGGCCGCCACUCCCACAAAACCCACUACUGGCACUAACCCAUUCGGCGGGAAUGGAGGUCGCCGUGGUGGACGUGGUGGUUUCGGCAAGGGCGGUCGUACAAGAGGCCGCAAUGGCUUCCGCAAGGGCCGUAACUAA